AGACUGAUUGACUCGCUGGCUAUCAGUUAUUUGCGAUUUAGUUGAAAGUAGUCAUACAAAUUCAAUAUCGCGCAUUCCUCCAAAAUCCACAAGUAAUGUCUCACACUGUAGACGAAAUCGUUUUCCCGAGUCACUUUGCAUGGGGUGCUUCAACUGCUGCCUACCAGAUCGAAGGAGCUUGGAAUGCGGACGGUAAGGGCUCCAGCAUAUGGGACACUUUUUGUCAUGCUAAAGGGAAAAUCUUUGAGGACCAAAACGGAGAUGUGGCUUGUGACAGUUAUCAUCUGUGGGAAGAGGAUCUGAAGUGUAUCCAACAGUUAGGACUCUCCCACUAUCGCUUGUCCUUCUCCUGGUCCCGACUCCUUCCUGAUGGAACAACUCAACAUGUUAAUCCUAAAGGUGUGGCCUACUAUAAUAAAGUGAUUGACAGCUUGUUGGCCAAUAACAUUACUCCCAUGGUGACCCUUUACCACAACGACUUACCUCAGGCUCUGCAGGACAUUGGCGGGUGGAAGUCUUUGGAGAUAGCUGACGUCUUUGACUCUUAUGCUAAGUUUUGCUUCGAGACUUUUGGAGACAGGGUAAAACUGUGGCUCACCCUAAAUGAGCCUUACGUGUGUGCCAAGCUGGGUCACGAGGAUGGCAUAUUUGCCCCUGGGCUUAAAGAACCAGGCGUCUCUGUAUAUCUGACAGGCCACAACAUGCUACGUGCCCAUGCUAAGGCCUGGCAUAGCUACCAUACCCAUUUUAGGCAAGCACAGAAAGGUCUAGUGUCACUGACUCUUAACAGUGAUUGGGCCGAACCAUUAGACCCAAACUCCCCUGAGGAUGUGGCUGCCACUGAGAGGUACAUGGCCUUUAUUCUGGGAUGGUUUGCAAACCCAAUCUUCCUCACAGGGGAUUACCCAGAAAUCAUGAGGUCCAGGAUAGAUGCAUUUAGUAAAGAGACGGGUUACAGCGAAGGCCCACGACUACCAAAGUUCUCUCCCGAUGACCCAGCAGUUCUGGGCACCGCCGAUUUCUUUGCGCUGAACUACUUCACAUCUCGCAAAGUGAAGGCUCCAGCCUCUAGCCCCAGGAAGCUCAGUUUUAAAAAUGACCAGGGGGCAGAAGAAGUUUUGGACCCCUCUUGGCCUAUCUGUGGGGUGUCCUGGCUGGCUGUGGUCCCUGAUGGAUUAAGGAAGUUGCUGAAAUAUAUAAAGGACACAUACAAGAGCCCAACGGUUUACAUCACCGAAAAUGGCUUUUCUCAAAUGGGACCUGUUGAAAUGGAGGACAUGAAACGCUGUGUAUAUUACAGGGACACUCUUCACGAGAUAUCCAAAGCUAUGAGGGAAGAUGGAGUGGAUGUUCGGGGAUAUUUUGUGUGGUCCCUCAUGGAUAAUUUUGAGUGGGUCGACGGCUUCGGCGUCCGUUUCGGGCUUUUUCACGUGGACUUCUCCCGACCUGAGCUGACCCGCACGAUGUAUCGCUCUGGGAGAGAGUACGCCGCCAUAAUAUCCAAUCACCGUUCCAGACACAAACCGACACAAACUGGAAGGUGAUACCACGACCGCACGCAAACUGGUUUUAAACGCUCUCAUCAUCAACAUAUCUCUUCAAGGAAGUGGCCAGUGAGAAAAAUGGGACCAUCCAGUAGUUAACAGUUGUGCCAAGUGUAGUAGUUUAAAAAAUGAUUCUGCCUUAAUCAGAACUGAUGUGUCUAAAUGCUUGGCAUUUGAAAGGAUAGCGUGACUCUUAAGUGAAAGUGAAGGGGGGAAUUUUACGUUGCUUUUGUAUCACAGAACCUCUCUAUUAUCAAACAUGAAUUCUGUACUUCAAAACACAUGCUUGUGGCAUUCCCUAUACCUCGGUAACUCUCUAAAGUAAAUAAAUUUCAGCUGGUUUUGCUUUGAAUAAGAACAUAAUUUGUCAUUGGGUAUUAUGGUCUAUUUCAAGUAAAUGGAAACCAGUUUUUGGAUCCAGGCAGUCUGUACAAAAGGCUCAAUCAGAGGAGAGAAGUUUUGGCUUAGAGUGCAGUGCCAGCUGAACCCAAGCCAGU